AAUAAGAGCAGAGAAAUACCGAUGUUUCGCUGCUCUUACCGCCACAAGAAGAAAUCCUGUUGUGAAUAGUCAGACAGUGGAAAAUAUAUGUCAGACAUGGCUGAGUUAUCACCUGAAGAAAUUCAACUGAGAGCCCAUCAAGUUACAGAUGAGUCCUUGGAAAGCACAAGGAGGAUCCUUGGGAUGGCCAUUGAGUCCCAAGAUGCUGGAAUCAAAACAAUUACAAUGCUAGAUGAACAAGGCGAAAAAUUAAACCACAUAGAAGAAGGUAUGGAUCAAAUAAACAAAGACAUGAAAGAAGCUGAAAGGAACUUGACAGAGCUUAAUAAGUGCUGCGGUCUGUGUGUCUGUCCUUGCAAUAGAACAAAGAAUUUUGAGUCUAGUAAAGAAUACAAGAAAACUUGGGGUGAGAACAUUGAGAAUUCAGGUGAUCACGUAGUAUCUACACAACCCGGACGGGCAGGAAAUUACCAACAACAGACCUCAGGAGGACCAGGUGGAGGAUACAUAACACGGGUAACAAAUGAUGCCAGAGAAGAUGAGAUGGAGGAAAACUUAACUCAGGUGGGACACAUCUUGGGAAAUCUGAAAAAUAUGGCCUUGGAUAUGGGCAGUGAGAUCGAUUCACAAAACAGGCAGAUAGACCGGAUAAACGAGAAGGCUGAAACCAACAAAGACCGUAUUGAGCAAGCCAAUGCAAGAGCCAAAAAGCUUAUUGAGAACUGAUAGCCAUUGCCGGUUCUUUAGUCAACUGAAAUCUUUUCUCGGUUUACAAAUACCCUAAACUUCCAAAGAAGAGAAGCAACUGUUCAGAAACUGAAACAAAGCAGGACAUUACUGUAUAUAUACAUAUUUAGUUUAAAAAUCCAGGAAAACAGCACAACAGAAAUGUAGCUUUCUUAUUCAUGUUCAUAUCCUCAGGGCUUCAUUUUUCUUGGUUUUGUUCUUUCUGUGAAAUAGUCUUCCCCUUUUUUUUUCUUUACUCUGCUUGUGGCAACUCAGAGAUGGAGUGCAAGACAACGGAUUAAGGGAAAAAGAGAAUGCACUCACUAGAUUUAAUUACCUCACUUAAUAUUGCAUGUCAUCACUGAAAUGGUGGAUGACUGAUUUUCAUGAAAUGUAUAUAUUUUUAGAAAUUAAGCUGCCCCUACUUUUUCAAAAUAUUUGAUUUCAUUACCAAGCUUUUCAUGAUGAGGAAAAAUGGUAAUGUAUUAUAAAGUAUACUUUAAAGCCAUAACAAUUCUAAUUUGCAUGCAUACUUUUUGUAAACAUACAAAAAGUACAUAUGUGAUAAUAUGCAACUCAAAGAACUUUUAAAUUAUUUCCCACUUUCACCUCCAAAAGAUUGGGCUUUUUGCUACCAGUCCUAAUUUCUUUUGCUUCUUUCACAGAAACUCUGUUGGUUAGUGGAAUUAGGGGAAGGGGCAGCCCACACAGCUCAGCAUGGAGUUUCUGUUACUCUUGAUCAUUUGGAAUCUCAUGAGAUUACAAGGAAUAUAUGCCUUUAUAAAAACAUCCUGAACUUCCACCAUUUUUUUAAAGAAUGUGUAUCCAUAGGUAUUAAUACUGCUGAGAUUGCUCUAUGAAAUCCCUAUGUGGAUCUUUUAAAAUGUUUUAUCAGCAACAUACAAACUUACUUCGUAAAAGUAUUCUUUACAGAAAUGUGUUAUCCCUCUUGGUAUACACAAUCUAUACAAUCUGUAAAAACCUGUAAGUGGGCAGCAUAUUGUGAUUUCAAUAUUUAUUAAAAGCAUUUGGGAGGUUUAAAAAAAUACAUCAAAAUCAGGGCACAAUCUAAGUUUGAAUGAAAUCAAAAGCCAUCUGCUUCUUAGUGAUGUUAAUAACAAUACUGUUUCAUAUUUUCUAUCUGGAAUAUACAAACAUUCUCACUCAUUCUUUUCAAAGAAAUCAGUUUCAAGCACAACUUUGCUUUAUUGUUAUGAAAAUUAAUCUGAAUUUGAUCCAAUUCACAAUUUUUUUAAGCGGUAUGGUUCUCCAGACACUACCAAUUGUGAUCUAUUGAAUUUGAAUUACUACUUGUCAAGUUUCCUUUUUAAAAAAUGUUGGCAUGUAGCAGAACUAAGGAUCCAAGGGAAGCCACCAUGUAUCACUUCUAAUAAACUGCAUGCGGUUGAAUGGGUCACGUUGUAUGUUUGCUGUAGUAAGUGCUUGGCCUAGCGUCUACUUGAGUUUGCUCCCAUUUCAGGAUUAAGGUUCUUGAGUUGGAUCUUCUGUCAUAUGUCUAUAGAAAUGACUUAAAUUGCAAAUCUGCUAAUGCCCAAUCUUUCUCAAGAAAGCUUUAAUUACUUUCUAAUUAAGAAUCCACCAAACUGUUGGUUUAUUCAACAGCACGAUAUUUAAUAGAUCUUGCAUUUUAUUCAACUUGAGGCUAGAAAAUUCUUCUACCUUGGAUAUUUUGCUGCAAAUCAAAGGAUUUAGCUGCAACCAUCUAGAUACUAUAAAGAAGCUCAAAACAAGUUUCCUUAUUGUACUGUGAUUGUUCUUAAAUAAGAAUUCCUUCAUGGCUUGCUUCUAUACACAUUUCCAACUGAGUGUUUUAACUAAGUUUUAUUCUAGAACUUAGUCUUCCAUAUAACUUCUUGGGAACAACAGCAUGGUGGAGUUGUAGCAUAGUUUAAAACUGAGCACUUCCCUCUCAAAUUACGUUGUUUAUUAAUAUUGAAACAAAUUACAGGAUUUGAAUGGAAAUUCCUCCAGGAGCUCUAUAUGUUACUUUAAUUUUUUUCUAGUAAUGUUUUAUGAAGCUCUAAUUAGUUGAGAUGCUGAGUGAAAUGUUGCUCUCUAACAUUUCAUCACUAGACUCUAUAGGAACCAUGAACACCUGUUUAGUAAUAUUAAAAAACACUUGAAAAUUGAUUCCAUUGUCAUCUGGUAUUACAAUUUGUGCAGAACGAUAUUAAAUGUCUUACAGCUUAAUAUCACAACACAAACAGUACAAGAGUCUGUUUUCAGCUGUAAUGUAAACGAAUACCCAAGAUGUCCUUUCUUAUACUUGCUGGGCUGAAUAAAUAUAAUUUAUAAAUCUU